GUCUGAGUGAGUCUGCUGUUUGCCAUCUACCUGCAGCCAAGAAAUUAUUUAAGUUGUUCAAAACGAAGGAUUUUGCUGUUAAAUUUUCUUUUUUCAAGCCCAUCUGCAUUUCAUGCAUACUCAUCCAUCAUAAAUCUCAAAUAAUUCAUUCAACAUGGGUUUAACAAAGCAGUAUUUGCGUUACGAAAAGGACGGCGUUUUCAAUUUAAUCGCUGAUCCCAAUUGCAAUGUUGUGUUUGUUACCCUGAAUGGUCAGGAGGGUCGCUUUGUGGCCGUCGGUGGCGGUGAAGAUGUAAUUAUUUGGGACUUGCGGCUCUCAGAAAAGACUGUUGUUUUAACUGGAGAAAAGAAAGCUGUAACCCGGCUGGCUGCCAACCCUGAGGGUAGCCAACUUGCUGUUGGUGAUGAGGCCGGCAAUGUGAGAAUCUUCGACCUUGCUUCUGCCGAGAACAUUUGCACACUUGCUGGCCACAGACACGCAAUCACCUGUCUAAACUAUGACCAGAAUGGCACUAGACUCGCAUCAGGCUCCAAGGACACUGAGGUAAUUGUUUGGGACGUGGUUGGAGAGCGAGGUCUGCAUCGCAUGAGUGGGCACAAAGGGGACAUCACUCAAGUGCGUUUCCUCCCUGACCACGAAGUCCUUGUCUCCAGCUCGAAGGAUUCUUUCAUCAAAUUUUGGGAUCUAGAUACGGCUCAUUGUUUUAUAACUCUCUCUGCGCAUAAAGCUGAGGUUUGGGACAUUGCAAUAGUUCACCAGGGUCGGUAUCUCAUUUCUGGAGGAACAGAGCCAGAGCUUUUUGUUUGGGAAAUAAAAGAAAACACGCAGGAGAGCUUGUCAGAGGACAACCUGUGUCCUCUGCGUUGCAUCAAAUCAGGCUCACUGGUUCGCAGUUGCGUUGGUCGCCUACAGGCCCUGGUCACGGACAAGUCAGGACAGGUUCUUGGCAGUUUUGGAACAGACAGAAAUUUGGAAAUUUUCUGGUUCUACAAUGAAGAUGAAGUGCAGAACAGAACUAAAAAGAGGAGGAAACGAGAAUUAAAGCAACAAAAAGAGCAAGGAGAAGAGGUACAAACUGAAGACUUGGAACCACAGACAAACUUGACAGAUGCAGUUCGUAAGCUGCUCACCUUCAAGUGCACUAACAAAAUAAAAUCUUGUGACUUCAUAAUGGGGAAAACUGGUGAAAUCAGGUGCUCCUGCGUGUUAAACAACAACAAAAUAGAACUGUACUCAGUGUUGGCGAAAAGCACAGCAGAACACAAGCUCCUGAGGACUCUGGAAAAGUGCGGUCACAGAAGCGAGGUGAGGGCAGUGUGCUUCAGCUCGGACGCGCUUGCCGUGGCUACUGGCUCAGCUGAGAGUGUCCGUGUUUGGAACCGCACCUCCCAGUCAUGCCUGCGAACCAUUGCCACAGACUACGUGACCUCUCUCACCUUUGUCCCUGGAGACAGACAUCUGCUGGCAGGACUGAAGUCUGGCUCCAUUCUUGUCAUGGACAUCGGCACUGCGGAAAUCCUUGAGGAAAUUUCUGCACACCAAGGUGAAGUUUGGUCCGUCUGCGUCAUGCCUAAUAAUCGAGGCUGCGUUUCCGGAAGUGGGGAUAAAUCACUCAAAUUCUGGGAGUUUGAAGUAGUCACCCCUUUGAACGAGGAGAACAGCGGAAGCAGAGCCAAAGUCCUCUCCUUGCUGCACACCAGGUCGCUGCAGUUGGAGGAAGGAAUCGUUUGCGUGGCCAUCAGUCCCAACAUGCGCUACAUUGCGGCCUCCUUGCUCGACUCGACUGUCAAAAUCUUCUUCAUGGACACGCUGAAGUUCUUUGUCAGCUUGUAUGGCCACAAACUGCCAGUGCUAUGCAUGGACAUCUCUUACGACUCGACUCUGAUAUGCACUGGAAGCGCUGACAAAAACAUCAAAAUUUGGGGACUCGACUUUGGAGACUGCCACAAAUCGAUUUUUGCCCACGAUGGUGCAAUCAAGAGUUUGAAGUUUGUUCCAAAGACGCACUACUUCUUCAGCUGUGGUAGAGAUGGAUCCGUGAAACAGUGGGAUGCGGACAAUUAUGAAAGAAUCAUGACUCUGGAUGGUCAUCUUGGCUCGGCUCACUGUCUUGAUGUAUCAACCAGCUAUGUGGUCAGCUGUGGUAGCGACCAGGUGGUGAGGAUUUACGCCAGGAGUUCGGAGCCACUGGUUUUGGAAGACGAGAGGGAGGAGGAGAGACAAAAGGAAGAUGAUGAGAAACUCGUCACUGGAGAUGAUUCAGUCGUCCCUGGACAGGCAGCGCACAGUCUGCCGUCAAAGAAAACUGUUGGCACUGAAAGAGCGGCAGAGCAACUGAUUGAGGCAAUCCAACUCUCAGAAACGUACCGGGGCGAUCUGGAGGAGUGGAAUGGCGCUAAAGAGACCAAACCUGUGCCGCCACCACUGAUGACUGCCCUUCAAAUUGAAGAGCCUGAUCAGUUCAUCUUGCACGCGUUGAAGUCCAUUCAAUCGAGCGACACUGAGGAAGCUUUGCUGCUGCUGCCCUUCUCCUGUGUCAGCAGUUUGCUCAGCCGCAUCCCAUACCUGCUGAGGAAGGGCAGAGACAUCGAGACGGUUGCCCGAAGCUUGCUUUUCUUGGUCAAGGUGCAUCACGAGCCGAUUUUGCAAACAAAAAAGCUGCUUUCAGCAAUCAAGGAGCUAUCUACCUUGUCUAUUGGAUCCAUCGAUCAAGAGAGGGACCGGGUUGGUGUUAAUUUGUUUGGUCUGCGGGCAUACCAGCGCAGAGUAGAGGCAGAACAGAAUGUACACAUCUUCAGAGAAGCCACUGUUAUGAGACGGGAAAAGGAAAAGAAGCGGCGAUUGAAGGAGAGAGCAAUCAAGAGGGCUGUUCUUACAAUGUAACAACAGUUUUAAAUAAAAUAAUAAGUCUUACUUA